GGGGGAGAAAAAGUGAAAUGUGGGGGGGCUGCCCCGCCCCCAUUGAUCGCAACUUGCAACCAACCCCCCCCCAACUGAAUAGCAUUUUUUGGGGUAAACGCCCCCCCUCUCCCACCCACCCAUCCCUAAUCCCGUCCUCGGGGGAAAAAGAGGAGGAGGAGGAGGAGAGCCCCAACCCUCUCGGGAACGAGGCUACCUUGGCCGGGCGGGGAGCCUACGCGAGGCCGGGGAUUUUACGGCCUGCCUGCUCGCUUCUCUCCCUUCUCGGUCUCCGCCGAGAGGGCGCAGCAGGAGCAGCUGCUCUCCCACCGCCACUUUCCUCCGGUGAUCCCUCCUUCUCCAUCUCCCCGUCUUCUCCUUGGGGCAAAAAAGGGCCCUGCAACCAACCAACCGGCUGGCCCAGCAGCGAAGCCCAGCCGAGCCGCCGCCACAGAUAUGAUGGAAGAAUUGCAUAGCCUGGACCCACGACGGCAGGAACUGUUGGAGGCCAGGUUCACUGGAGCUGGCGUUGCAAAGGGGCCCCUGAACAGUGAAUCUUCCAAUCAGAGUUUGUGCAGUGUGGGCUCUCUAAGUGACAAGGAGCUGGAAACUCCAGAAAAAAAACAGAAUGACCAGCGCAACAGGAAGAGGAAAGGGGAAUCCUUUGAGACCAACCAAGGCAAAGUCACUCCAAGGGGACAUAAAAUUAGUGAUUAUUUUGAGUUUGCUGGGGGAAGCGGUCCAGGAACAAGUCCUGGAAGAAGCGUGCCACCUGUUGCACGAUCAUCGCCACAGCAUUCCUUAUCAAAUCCUUUACCUCGGCGAAUGGAGCAGCCGCUUUACGGGGUAGACAACAGCGCAGCCAAGGAACUGCAGGAGGAUCACUCUGCUCUGCCAACGCUGGUGUCGGCGAUGCUGGCGAAACAGCGGCUAGAGGGCGAGCAGCUGGCCCAGAGGGGUGCAAGCCUCUGUUUUCCAUUUUCUUCGGCCCAGCAAGGCAGUCCUUCUUCAACGGGUUCAGGGAACACAGAGCAUUCCUGCACCUCCCAAAAACAGAUUUCCGUCCAGCAUAAACAGACACAGUCUGAUCUCACGGUAGAAAAAAUAUCUGCACUAGAAAACAGUAAGAACUCUGACCUGGAGAAGAAAGAAGGCAGGAUAGAUGACCUAUUGAGAGCGAACUGUGACUUAAGGCGACAGAUAGAUGAACAACAGAAAAUGCUUGAGAAGUACAAAGAACGGUUGAAUAGAUGUGUGACAAUGAGCAAGAAGCUUCUUAUAGAAAAGUCAAAGCAGGAAAAGAUGGCAUGUCGAGAUAAGAGUAUGCAGGAUCGGCUGAGACUGGGUCACUUUGCUACGGUGCGGCACGGAGCGUCUUACACUGAGCAGUGGACAGAUGGCUACGCUUUCCAGAACCUUAUCAAGCAACAAGAGAGGAUAAAUUCCCAAAGGGAAGAGAUAGAAAGGCAACGGAAAAUGUUAGCAAAGCGGAAGCCACCUGCCAUGGGGCAGGCCCCUCCAGCAACCAAUGAGCAGAAGCAGCGUAAAAACAAGACAAAUGGAGCAGAAAAUGAAACGUUAACGUUAGCAGAAUAUCAUGAACAGGAGGAAAUCUUCAAACUCCGGCUAGGACAUCUUAAAAAGGAAGAAGCAGAGAUCCAGGCAGAACUGGAGCGGUUAGAGAGGGUUAGAAAUCUACAUAUCAGGGAAUUGAAAAGGAUACAUAAUGAAGAUAAUUCACAAUUUAAAGACCACCCAACACUAAAUGACAGGUACUUGUUGCUACAUCUCCUGGGCAGAGGCGGAUUUAGUGAAGUAUAUAAGGCAUUUGAUUUAACGGAACAGAGAUAUGUAGCAGUAAAAAUCCAUCAGUUAAAUAAAAACUGGAGGGAUGAGAAGAAAGAGAACUACCACAAGCAUGCAUGUAGAGAAUACAGAAUCCAUAAAGAGCUGGAUCAUCCUCGUAUAGUUAAGCUGUAUGACUAUUUCUCGCUGGACACUGACUCGUUUUGUACAGUGUUAGAAUACUGUGAGGGGAACGAUCUGGACUUCUACCUGAAACAGCACAAAUUAAUGACUGAAAAGGAAGCCCGGUCUAUUAUCAUGCAGAUUGUGAACGCAUUAAAAUAUUUAAAUGAAAUCAAGCCACCCAUUAUUCACUAUGAUCUCAAGCCAGGUAACAUCCUCUUGGUAAAUGGUACUGCAUGCGGCGAGAUUAAGAUCACUGACUUUGGCCUCUCAAAGAUCAUGGAUGAUGACAGUUAUAAUUCAGUCGAUGGCAUGGAGCUGACAUCGCAAGGGGCUGGCACUUACUGGUAUUUACCACCUGAGUGUUUUGUAGUUGGGAAAGAGCCUCCAAAGAUUUCAAAUAAAGUUGACGUCUGGUCAGUGGGAGUAAUAUUCUACCAGUGCCUCUACGGCAGAAAGCCUUUUGGCCACAACCAGUCUCAACAAGAUAUUCUGCAGGAGAACACAAUUCUGAAAGCAACAGAGGUGCAAUUUCCUCCAAAGCCAGUGGUAACACCAGAAGCAAAGGCAUUUAUCAGGCGCUGCCUGGCCUACCGGAAGGAAGAUCGAAUAGAUGUUCAGCAGUUAGCAUGUGACCCCUACUUGCUCCCUCACAUCCGCAAAUCUGUAUCAACAAGCAGCCCGGCUGCGGCUGCCAUUGCCUCAACCUCUGGAUCCUCUAAUAACAGCUCUUCAAACUGAGCAGGAACAAUAGGCCAAAAAGAUACAUAUAACCGGAACUGCAGAAAGAAAACCGAGAGAGAGUCAGAGACGUUUUGAGAAGCAGCCUUCGGGAUUGGCAAGGAAUCCACAAAACGGCCUCCAGAAACCGGUAUCGGGUGCUUUGUUUUCCUCUUGCGCUCUUGUCCCAUCCGUAGAGCAAGGCAUCAUUGAUUCUCGGCAAGGUUCUAUGGCGACUUAAGUCCAACUUAAGUGGCCAAGGAAGAGGAGAUUGAUUGGUCUCGUGCUGAGCAACGGCAAAGGCACUAACCGCUCUGGGCAGCAGAGAGAAAAGAUGGCUCCAUGUACUGUGAACUUCCAAACACCACGGACCCCGGGUGCGGUUCCAAAAUGCAGGGUGCACACACACACACACUGUGUGGAGAAUUGCGGACUUGGCAGCAGGGUAAAGAGGCUGGACUUGGUCCACUGUCAAUAUUUAAAAAUAUGUUCCUCUUUUUUAAAAAAAACAAGACAAAAAGCAAAAUAAAGUUUAGGCUACAUCUCAUUUGGGGGGAAGGGGGGGAAAAACCCCACAGAGCUCAAUGCUGUGAGGUUCCACUGAGGGAUCGGCAUUGGACUCUUGAGCCCUUUGCAAGGGAGCCAAGUAUCCUGCCUGUUGAUAGCACCAGCAUUAGCAUGUCAUCCCAAAUAAUUUCAGUUUUAAAAGAACGACUUUUAUUGGGGGGUUUUUGGUUGUAAGGUGAAAUAACUAGCAGGUCAAUGUGGCAGCCCUCUCUCCCUUUUCUUUAGAUUGGCCUCAUAUUCUGUGAAGGAGGAGUACAAUGUAAUGCAGAGGGUGCGUUACAGCUAGGAACAUAGGUUUCUGUCCUCGCUCCAGCCCCCCAGAAAACUGCUUUUUGGCAGGUACUUGACGGUUAUCCCCCUUCAGAAUAAAACUAAGUGUUUCUAAUUUUUUAUUUUCCCCCAAUGUUUUCCUCGUGUGGUGUUCGGAUCCAUUCACUAAAGUCUCUUUUGGGUGAUGGCAUUCUCUUUUAACACACACAAGGAUGACAGAACUCUAGACAGAUUACCUCCCUUGCCCUCUUUCUCCCUCCCUUUAUUUUCUUUUUUUUUUUAAUCUUUCUGUACUGUCUCAGAAACAUCUGCUACAUUAACACCCCAAAAGGACACUUAUCCUGAAGAACAGCUAGAUUUUUUUAAAAUCUUAAACUUUGUGUUUCCGUUUCUUUAUCAGAGUUUUGAGUUUGCUUUUUUUUCUUUCCUUUUUUACAUUACUGCUCUUGGUCCUUGACUCUUUUUUUUUUUCACCUUUUAAGAAAGACAUGUAAACCAAAGAAGAAUCCAGUUGCUUGAAUCUUGUGGCAGAAUGCUACUCCUGCACGUGGCCAAAACGUUGUUUGCUGAAAACCUUGAAAGCCGUACUGUAUGGUCAGGUACCCUGGCCAGGACUUCGAUUCUGCACCCACAAGUGAUGAUUCUCAACCCUCCCUCCUCAGCUUCCUGCAGAUUGGGGUGCAAGUAGAAGUAGCAGGAGCGAGGCGAGGGGGACCAAGCCAUAUCGAGAUUUAGGGGACUUGCGGAAGAGCUGAGCUGGGAAGUGGAGGCUGUAUGCGUGUGUGUGUUGGUCUGUUUGUUCAUCUCUAGCUACUCCUGCAGAUCAGGUGGAAAGGACCUGGGUAAGCGAGUGUAGCUGGGUGUAGCUGUCUUGUGUGUGCCUCACCCUCCUAUUUAUUCCAACAGCUUAAUCACCAGGAUAGAUGAGGUACCAUUUGAUCAGGAGGCAAGCCUGCGCCUCUGUUUAAAUGGCGUUAAAUGAAGUUGAGCAGGGAAGUGAGGAACUGUGAUGUGUCAUCAUUACAAAUGAAGGCCCUGCAAAAAGGCUCCUGAGAUAAUGCUUUUUUAAAUAAAGAAAGAAAUCUCACCCCAAACAGGUGCCAUGAGUCCACCUUCGGGGACAGAAGGGUUUUCCUCACUUGUUCCUGAGAACUGAGGGUGUAGCUUUUUUUAGUUCCUCUGGUGGAACAACUGGUAUUUGGACUCCUUCUACUGGGCAGAAAGUAAGAGAACUCUAGGGCCAGGGGGAAAGGCGAGCAUGCCAUUAGGCUAUUGAUAAGGCUUCUGGUAAAGUUUACACACAGACACACACAAACACCCCACCCCACAAUUUGCCUCUGAGCAUGAGAAUAAAACACACAGCCAACUUUUUUGUCUUUUCAUCCCCACCCCAACCUCCUUUUCUUGUCCUAGGAGAAAACCAGGUCUUAUAUUAAUUCCAUUUAGGGUUUUUCUAGUCCACGGUUACUCGUCGUUUUUUCCACCAAAACGCAGCUUGGGGUUAUGUGUGAGCUGGCAAAAUGCAGGCGCUGGUGUCUUGGCUGCCACAGCAGAGUACAGCUGUUGUCUGCUUGCGGUGCCCUUGUCUCAGCCCGUUUGGGGUUGGGCUCGUGUUAUAUUUCUGCAGCUAAAUUCAAGACUUGAAGCAUGCUGUCCUGGAAAGCGCCCGGUCCUAGCAUUUUAUCCCCCCGAUUGCCGUUCUUGGAACUUAGCCCAAAGCAAGUUUUCACUUCAGGCAGGUUAAAACUUGGAUUUACCAGCUUGUGGUGGAGCUAAUUAUUGAUCACUCGUGGAGAGAACCCUAUCCCAUGUGAGACUUAAAAAGAAGUUUUAAAAUUUUGUUUUCUAAAAGCCCAACCUGCCUUUGAGCCAUAAAUUGUAUUUCUUUCCCUCUCUCCACCCACCCACCCCCAUUUACAUAGUGACUGUCAGCUGUUUCAGUCACUAUUGGUUGUGCCUGGGUGGGAAGCCUCCAUCUUUUCAUGGUGUUCAUCACAGAAGCAGGAUAGAUCUCUCUGGAUGAAAAAUGCAGACUGUGACUUUCCCUUUUCUUUUCUCCCCCCCCCCUUUUUUUUUUAAGCUGUUGCUGAAAUGGGUUUUAUUUCAGAUAACAAAACCUUUUUAUUGCCACACUGUUCAUUUUACUGAAAGGAAAGAGGAAAUGUGUAUGGAUUUGUAACUUGAAACUAGGCCAGACUGUUUUGGCUUUGCCCAGCAGACAAAAAUACGGAUAUUAAACAAGUUUUAAGAAACUGAA